AUGACUGUCUAUAUCAACAUCUUGGAGAACGUUCAAAAGAAUAUGGCCAACGAGAUCCUGCUCCUGCUGGAGAACGACUUGGAACAAGACACGGAGGCCAUCGCCGUUAGCAUCCUUCUGGUGGUCAUCGUCAUCGUCAUGUGCCCUCUGACACUCCGAGCCAUCUGGUCUCUGACCUCUGAUAUCCAAAACUACGCCCUGACUCUAGCAGCCCAGACCAAGGCCUUGAACAAGGAGAAGAAGCGAUCCAACUGGUUACUGUACUCCAUGUUGCCUCCAACCGUUGCUGAACAACUGGUUCUCAAGAAGGACGUCAAAGCCGAGUCAUACGCAAGCGCUUCGGUGCUCUUCUCGGACAUCGUAGGAUUCAACCACCUCUGUGCUGUCAGCUCACCUAUGCAGGUUGUUGAAAUGCUUAAUGGGCUGUAUCUCGUCUUCGACUCCCGCAUCGAACAUUACAAAGUGUACAAGGUGGAGACUGUCAACGAGACCUACAUGCUGGCUGCUGGUUUGCCAAGCCGAAUGGUAGGAGGAGAACACGUCACCGAGCUGGCCACCGUGGCCUUGGACUUACUCCACCAAGUCAGCUUCCUUGAGGUUCCCCAUAGAGAGAACAUGAAGAUCAAGAUACGGAUCGGUAUCCACACAGGUCCAGUGGUUGCGGGCGUGGUUGGGAUCAAGAUGCCUCGUUACUGUCUUUUUGGAGAUACGGUCAAUACUGCUUCUCGGAUGCAGACAUCAGGGCUACCCGGACGCAUUCACGUGACUAGUGAAACCUACCUGGCCUUGCAAGAUAUCGGCGGAUUCAUGCUGAUUCGACGCGGAGAGAUUGAGAUUAAGGGCAAAGGAGUUAUGACAACGUACUGGCUGACCGGCCGCGAGAACUUCGAGCAGAUCAUACAGCCCAUCUCGGAGCAGUCGAACAUCAUGAACGACCCUGGGUUGCAUGAAGUACGCUACACCCACAUGUACGAGCAGACCUCGACCGGCCGCAUCCAGUACCGUAUCCAAGACGACGUGGAACCCGAUUGGAAGGAGUGA